AUGUUCCAGGGGUUCCCCGGGGACUACGACUCGGGCUCCCGGUGCAGCUCGUCGCCCUCGGCCGAGUCCCAGUACCUGUCGCCGCUCGACUCCUUCGGGAGCCCCGCGGCCGCCGCCGGGGCCGCUCAGGAGUGCAGCGCCCUGGGGGACAUGCCCGGCUCCUUCGUGCCCACGGUGACGGCCAUCACCACCAGCCAGGACCUGCAGUGGCUGGUGCAGCCCACGCUCAUCUCCUCGGUGGCGCCGGGGGCCGCCAUGGCCCAGCCGCCCCCGCAGCCGCCCCUGGACCCCUACGAGCUGCCCGGGCCCAGCUACGGCGGCCCCGGCAUGGGCGGCGGCGGCUUCGCGGCAGCGCCGGGACCGAGCCCCGGCAGAGCCCCCCGAGCACGGAGGGCGCGGCGCGGCCGGGAGGAGACGCUGACCCCCGAGGAGGAGGAGAAGCGCCGCGUGCGGCGGGAGCGGAACAAACUGGCGGCGGCCAAAUGUCGCAACCGGCGCCGCGAGCUGACGGACCGGCUGCAGGCGGAGACGGACCAGCUGGAGGAGGAGAAGGCCGAGCUGGAGUCGGAGAUCGCCGAGCUGCGCAAGGAGAAGGAGCGCCUGGAGUUCGUGCUGGUGGCGCACGCCCCCGCCUGCAAGGUCCCCUUCGAGGACAUCGGCGCCACCGCCGCCAUGGCCGUCCCCGCUGUCCCCUCGGUCCCCGUCUCCUCCGAGGUGAGCAGCCCGGGCAAGGCUCCGCUGUCCCCGCUGUCGCCGCUGCCGUUGUUCCUCCUCCCGCAGGGUCCCUUCCCCACCGCCUGCUGGGGACCCCCUAACGCGCCUCCCCCCGCGUUUGUGUCCCCCCACCCAGAGGGAGCCUCCUCCUCCUCCUCCUCCUCCUCCUCGUGCGGAGCCUCGCACCAGCAGCGGAGCGGCGGCGGCGGCGGCGGCGACCACCGGGGCUCCUCCUCCUCCUCCUCGGACUGCCUGAGCUCCCCCUCGCUCCUCGCGUUGUGA